CGUUUUUUCUCAUUUCCAACCAUAUCACCAAAAUCAUUAAAAUUAUCAAUUUCUCCAUCAUCAUCAACCUCCUCCUUGCCAUUUACAAUAAGUAAUGGCUUCGCAAAAGUCCUCGGGCAAGCUCCUUUGCGCUUCCUGCUCGCCGAAUCGUGAAAUUUGUUGCGCUUCUUGUCUCGUGCCCGUCUCCUUGACGUGGGUAGUCACCGGUGGAUAUGGUACAGUACCGACCCCCUGUCGUGCGCUGUGCAUGUUUUGGGCGGCGAGUCUACUACUUCUGCUCCUGGGUUGGUCGACCAGUCCACUGCUUCGCCCAUUUCCCCUCGCGCUUCUCCCGUUUUGGAUGACAGAUCCACUACUUCGCUCCUUCGUCUCACGCUUCUGUUUCGGCUCGUCCUGCUUCCCCUGUUUUGGCUGAUGCUUCCCCUGCUGGUCUCGCUCGUGCUCCCAUGGAAGAGCACGCUCUGGUCCCUGCGUUUGGGGAAGUGAUCGAUGUUGGGGAUGGUGGGCGUCUGGAAUUGGCGGCGCAAAGACCUGGGUUUACUCCGCGAUUGUCCUCCUUCUCCAUAAACGCCAACGAUUCAACCACAUCCUUGUUAUCUUCUUCGAGGAAACCCAAUGGAUCUGGACUCAAGCAAUCAGUGACAGCUUCAGAGGAUCCUGAUCCUCUGGAAGUUAUAGAGAAAUUGUUGAAUCUUCCUCACAAUGGGAGGGAAAAUACUGACGGUGAAUCCUCGGUGGGAAACGUCACGACUAUUAGCUCGAGCUCGAUGGAAUCCACGGAGCCUGGGGAAUUCGUGUGUGCCCUUCGUCUGUUGCGUUCUCAACGCCCUCGUCCUGAUUCGUCUUCGUCUGCUUCACCUCCCCGUCCCGCCGACCAUGGCCAAAUUAAGAAGUCGAAAGGGAAAAUAUCUGAAGAUUUGCGGAAGAAGGCCCAGAAGAAGGCCCAGCAGAAGGCCCAGCGUAUGGCCCCGACUAAAUCUCGGGUGGAGACUGAGUCCAUCCUGCUAUAGGCAGAGGCAGAGAAGCGUUGGUGGGACCAGGUGGAUGAGUAGGCAGGGGCUUGAUUUGCUCGGUCUUUACCUGGUUGGCGUUCCCAGUUUUCUCUGUCUCCUUGGUUCGUUGCUUGAUUCGACGGAUGAUUGUGGACACACACACACACACUCUCUCUCUCUCUCUCUCGGUUGUCGCUCUUGGCGUUCAAAAUAGGUUAACUAGUAUUAUUAUACCCUGGUGUGCAAUGACAUUAAGC